AUGGCAGAGCAAGGCGGCAGCCAGCCUGACCCGGCUGUUGUGGCACAAGCUCUUCAGGGGGAGAUCGGGGAGGAGAUCUUGGUGGAUGGCAACCGAAGCCUGGAUGAGAUCAUGCGAUGGCGCCGGAACGCACCCUUGCUCUACGACCUCUUCCUGGAGUUUGGUCUGCAGGGCCCCGCCCUUACAGUGCAGUGGCUUGGGGACGAUGAGGACGAGGAGUGCACGCGUCUGGCCUUCGGCACACAGGCCGGUGACUCGAAGGCCCAGGUGGUCGUCGCCGAGCUGACGUGUGUGGCCGACACGGAUUUCACCACCGAUCCAUGGAAGAGCUGGGGCCUGGAGGGCUUGCGGGACUCCUGCGGCUUCGGCGCGAGGCCCUUGAGUGGGGAAGGGGCGCCCCUCCGGUUCCUGUGCUCCUUGGACCACGACUUAGGCGACGUGAAUCGCCUCGUGGGCUGCCCCAAAAAGCCAAGCCUUCUGGCGGCCAAGGGCUCUUCGGGAGCCGUGACCCUCUUUGACUACAAGAGGGAAGAAGGAAUGAAGGUGGGGAGCUUUCAAUCGAGCGAGGCAGUCGAGGGCUUCGCCGUGGCCUGGAGUCCAUUGACUUCCUCCUGGCUGGCAACUGGUGGCCAUGACGGCUCCCUGUCCUUAUGGGAUACCGUCGCCUCACCGUCGCCGUCCGCCCCUUUGUUCGCUAGCCAGGCACACGAUGGUCCUCUUAAUGACCUGAGCUUCUCGAGGCAUGGGCCGCAGUUGACCACGGUAGGGGAGGACGGUGGCAUUGCCAUUUGGGACGUGCGCGAGGCUUUCUCGAAGUCGCAGCUGACGACUGCGGGGGAGUGCUUGACGGUGGACUGGAGCCCCAGCGACCAAAACUUCUUGGCCACGGGCGGAAAGGAGAAGACGGUCCAGGUCUGGGACCUGAGGUCUUUCAAGGCUCCUUUGAAGACGCUUCUUGGGCACCAGGGGGAGGUGCUGCAGGUCCGCUGGUGCCCUGCCGUGGGGGCUCAGUUCGCGCAGAUCUCUGCUAGCAGCUUUCUGAGCACUUGCUCCCAGGACGGCGACGCCAUCUUGUGGAACCUGGAGGAAACCGAAAAGGGGGAUCCGGAAGACGAAGACGACCGGCCACCAGAGGUGUGCUUCGUUCACAGUGGGCACCGACAAGGUGUGCAGGACUUUGACUGGAGUUCCACGGAGGACCUCCUGAUGUGUUCGGUGGGGGAGGACUGCGCCCUGCAGAUCUGGCAGCCGUCGCUGUCCGUCUUGGAGGAAGAGGAAGCAGAAGCGGCGGAGACGGAGGGUGAGAGGGCCGCAAAGCGCAGUCGCGUGGACUGA